GCUGCUCCGCCAGCGCCGGGUGAGAGCGAGGGAGCGCGGCGGGGAGCGCGGCGCAGCCCUCCCAGCGCCCGCACGCAGCGCCGGCCUCGCCGCUCGCCCCGCCGCCCCGGCCCCGCUGCCGCCGCCGGAGCCCGAGCCCUGCGAGCCGCGGGCAGCGCACGGCGGGCCGGCGAUGCGGCGCGCAGCUCCCGGGCGCCGGAGCCUAUGAGCGGCGGCGCGCCGCCCCGUCGGCUCUCGGGCAGCGCAUCGCGGCCGGCGCCGGGCGGGCAGCGAGCGGUGAGCCGCCGGGGCGAGCGCGGGCGGGCGGCCGGUGCCAGCGGCGCGGAGGCGCGGCAGGAUGUGAGCGGAGCGGCCGAGCGGUGCGGAGCGGGACGGCGGAACGGCGCGGAGCGGAGCGGCCAUGCCCUGCUGAGGAGCCGCGCAGGAUGUUCGGGCUGGAGCAGUUCGAGCCGCAGAGCAGCAGCCGGAGCGGCGGACAGGCGGAGCGGGGCUUCGGCCAGCCCGGACUGAGCAUGAGCGCGCACUUCAAGGCGCCGGCCUUCCCCGGCGGCGGCCCGGCGGCAGCGGCGGCGGUGGACCCGGCCCUGAGCGCGCUGGGCGAGCCGCCCCUCCUGGGCAUGAACAUGAGCCUGCCCGCGGACGCCUACGGCUUCCCGGGCCGUGGCCCCGCCGAGCUGCACGGCGGCGGCAUGCAGCCGCCGGUGCACGGCUUUUUCGGCGGGCAGACGGCGCACGGCGGCCACGGCGGCGGCCACCACCCGCACCAGCACCCCCCGCACUUCGGCGGCAACUUCGGGCCCGACCCCGGCGCCUCCUGCGUGCACGGCGGCCGGCUCCUGGGCUACAGCGGUGCGCUGGGCGGGCAGACGGCGUUCGCCGACGGCUACGAGCACAUGGCCGAGGGCCAGGGCGGCGAGGGCUUCGGGCAGCAGCGCCCCGGGAACCUGCCCGACUUCCAGCACCACAGCGCCGGCGGCUCCAGCCACGCCGUGCCGGCGCCCUGCCUGCCCCUCGACCAGUCCCCCAACCGCGCCGCCUCCUUCCACGGGCUGCCGGCGGCCGGCUCCUCCGAGCCCCACGGCCUGGAGCAGCGGCGGCUGCCUGCGCAGGGCAGCGUAGACUCGCUGGAAUACAAUUACCCCGGCGACGGCCCUGCCGGCCACUUCGAGCUGCCCGUGUUCUCGCCGUCGGAGCCCGAGGGGCAGCUGCCGCACUACGGUGGCGGGCGGCAGGUGCCAGCGGGCGGCAGCUACGCCGGGGCACCCGCCCUGCCGCGGGCACCGGGCAUGGCCGUGGCCAAGGCGCACCCGCCGCAGCAGCACGGCGUCUUCUUCGAGCGCUUCGGGGGGACGCGGAAGAUGUCCGCCAGCCUGGAGCCGGGGGCCAGCGCCAGGCACCCACUGAUGCAGCAGCAGCAGCCGCCACCGCAACCGCCGCAGCAGCCGCCGCCGGGCUUGCUGGCCAGACAGAACUCCUGCCCGCCAGCCAUCCCUAGGCAACAGCAAACAGAAGCCAAUGCUCCCAACCCCAACCUGCAGGACAAUGGGCCCAUAAUGCAGAACCAGCAUGCACAGUUUGAAUACCCUAUUCACAGACUGGAGAACAGGAAUAUGCAUCCCUACACCGACCCUGUGUUUAAUAUGCAGCACCCUCCUCCGCAACAGCCACCAAAUCAAAGACUGCAGCACUUCGAUGCCCCUUACGUGAGCGUCGCCAAGAGGCCACGGUUCGACUUCCCUGGCAACCCCGGCGUCGAGCGCUGUACCUCCUGGGGCAGCGGCAUGCAUGGCCCGGCCAUGGAGAGCCACCUCUCCCCGACGGCCUACCCUGGCCUGCCCGGCGACUUCACCCCGCCGGCGCCCGAGGCCUUCGGGGGGCCGCUGCCGCACGGUGGCCCCGAGCACCCGGCGCUGGCGCAGCGCCAGAACGCGGCGCUGGUGAUGAAGCAGAUGGCCUCGCGCAGCCAGCAGCGCCUGCGGCCGCCCAGCCUGCAGCAGCUGGGGCACCAUGGCGAGGUGGGCCCGCCCGGCGGCCUGCCCCCGCCUGCCUUCGAGCGCGAGGCCGGUGGCGGCCGUGGCUUCGACCCACCAGCACCGCAUCUGGCCCCUGACAGCGCCUGGUUCGCGGGGCCGCCGCCACCUGGGGAGCUGCUGCCGCGGCGCAUGGUGGCACCGGGGCUGCCGGCCGAGGCGGCCCCCCACGAGCUGGGCCUACAGCCGGGUGGCACUGCCGUGCUGUUCCGGCCGGGCGCUGGCGGGCUGGGGCUGCAGGAGCCGCUGCGGAUGGCGGGCGAGGGGCCAGCACAGGCCCUGCCUUCGCCUGGUGUCCACCCGCCCUUUGCUCCUGCCAUGGGUGGUCUCUCGCAGCUGCAGUCGCCGGGCGGUGGCGUGGCAUUGCCCAGUGCCCCCGCCGAGCGCCGCGGUCCUGCCGACUUCGCUGCCCAGCCCGGCUUCCCCUUUGCGGCGGCGGCGCGGCAGCCAGCGGCUCACGGGGCUGCGCCCGCUCUCAGCGCCUCACCGGGUGCGUACCCACCACCCCCACCUGAGUUCCCCCCGCCGCCACCGCCGCGGCCUGCCGCCAGCAAGCUGGGCGCCCUCUCGCUGGGCUCCUUCAGCAAGCCGGCCAGCAAGGACAACGUCUUCGGGCAGAGCUGCCUGGCCGCCCUCUCCACCGCCUGCCAAAACAUGAUCGCCAGCCUGGGCGCCCCCAACCUCAACGUCACCUUCAACAAGAAGAGCCCGGCCGAGGCCAAGCGCAAGCUCAGCCAGGCCGAGCCUGACCCGCCACCGCCCGCUGCCCCAGACUACUUCCCGCCGGGGCCACCAGCCGGCGGGGGAGGCGCGGGCAAGGCACCGGGCACGGCCCCGCUGCUGCCCGCCGAGAGCAGCCUCUCGCCCGGCUUCGCGCUGGAGCCGGCGGCCAGCGGCGAGGGGAAGGCGGGUGGCGGGCGGGGGCGGGGCCGCCGGAAACGGGACAGCGGGCACGUCAGCCCUGGCACCUUCUUCGAGAAGUUCUCGGCCACCGAGGGCAGCGGGGCUGGUGUCAGCCCGGGGCAGCCGGCAGCUGCGGGGGGCCCGCCGGGGGCCGCAGGCACAGAGCGUGGUGGGGGCACCCCCCAUGACAAGCCCCUGACAUCACCCUCCUGGGGCAAGGGCGGCGAGCUGCUGCUGGGGGAGCAGCCUGACCUGAUGUCCUCCCUGGACAGUGGCAUCCAGAGCGUGACCAAGUCGGACGGCAGCUCCCCACAUGUGGACUUUCCCGACGAGGUCAGCACCAGCUACGGCAACGAGGAUGAGGUGUCCUCCAGCUCCGACAAUGCCGCCUCCAAGCCCACCCGCAGCCCGCUGCUGGGCGGCUCGCCCAAGCUGUCCCGCGGGGAGCACGCACUUCUCAACGGACAGAAGCCCCUGGCCCUUGGCCUCCUCAGUACAUCUACCUCGACCCCUGACAGCUAUGGGCUCAGCACCACGGCGGGCACCCACCCUGGCACGCCGAGCAUGGAGCAGGUGCGGACCCCCACCAGCACCUCGGCCCAGGACGAGAUCCACCCCCUGGAGAUCCUGCAGGCACAGAUCCAGCUCCAGCGGCAGCAGUUCAGCAUCUCGGAAGACCAGCCCUUGGGGCUGAAGAGCAAGAAGGGGGAGUGCGCGGGGCAGAACGGGGACAGCGACCUGGGCAGCUGCUGCUCAGAGGGUGUCAAAGGCACCAUGAGCACCAUCGACCUGGACUCCCUGAUGGCGGAGCACAACUCCACCUGGUACCUGCCCGGUGAGAAGGCCCUGAUGGAGGGGCAGGAGGAGGACAAGCCCAUGGUGCCCUGGGAGAAGCCCAAGCCCCCGAAUCCCAGCAAAGAAGCCCACGACCUUCCCCCAAGCAAGACGACGGCGGCGCAGACGGGCAGCCACCUGCAGUGCCUCUCGGUCCACUGCACGGACGACGUGGGCGAGGCGAAGGGCCGGACUGCGGUGCCAACAUGGAGGUCCCUGCACUCGGACAUCUCCAACAGAUUUGGGACUUUCGUGGCUGCCCUGACUUGAACAAAAGAAAUUAUUUUUUUUCUCUUUUUAAUUUCAAAGGGCCGCUACUGCUAGGUGGACUAUUUUUCUAGGUUGGUACCUGCUUAGUGGCAUAUGGACUGGAAAGGGUUAAUUUAAAGUAAACCUCAAGUUUUUUUUAAUCUUCUGCCACAGUAUGUUACCAGUGUUAACCCUUCUGCAGUUAGCACACUUUUGCUUAAGAUUUUCCUGCUAGACCACUUUCUCCCAUUAUUCUGUAACCUUGGCAUACAUUUAUAGAUGAGGCCUUUUCCUUUUUCAUCUCAGCGUAUGUCCAAGUCACGUAUGUCAUAAUAAGACAAAGCUCCUCCUCCUCCUCAUUUGCUUUGUUUUUCCUUUUUUUUUGUUUUGUUUUGUUUUGCUUUGUUCAGUGCUUAUUACAAUGGUGAUCCUGAAGAACAGCAGUUCAGGAAUAAAUGCCGGUUAAAGUGAAAUGGUCAUCAUUAUAUCAUAUAUUAUAUUGACCCAGCUUUUGCCAGUCACAUACAAACCAAACGCUCUGUUGAACAUUCAGGCAGGGAGCCUGCCCUUUCCUGAGACAGCGAUGUGCUGCCACUGAUAACGUUCCGCCUCCCUGGCGGGGCGAGGGCGCGCUCCUGUGUGUCCCCUGGCGAAGCCCAGGGAUGGAGCUGUCAGGAACGGGCUGGUUCAGGUGCGGCCGGGGAAGGGAGAGAGAAGUUUUUCUAAAUGAGUCUAUCAGGAAGUUUGCUGAAAAUUCAGUCUCAUCAUCAUCUCCUCUGAGUGCCCAUGCGCCCUCUCUGCUUGUGAGGGGCAGUGGGGACACAGCCUCCUGGUCCUGGUGAUGCUCCCACAGCUCCCACUUCAUCUCUGCUGGAGAAAGUACCCUCAGAGCUGGGGCUGGGGCUGUCACCAGCAUGUCCCGUGUCCCCAGAGCCCGGCCAGGUGGCACGGCUAUACCUGCCUGGUUUUUGCCUGUUUUAGCUGAAGGAAGACGCUGUUGGUCCAAGCGGGGUCCAGUGUCCCAUGCCCUUGUCUGUGGGUGCCCGGCUCCCACCGUGGCUGUUCUGGUGCUGUGGCAGUGGUCGGGGUCAGCCCAUGUCGGUGGUGCAGGGGCUGCAUGACCAGGGUCAUCAUUUCCUAAUCUGCCAGGGCAGGGAGACCCCACGUUAGACACCCCGAACUCAUCCGAGGCCCCGUUUCUGCCACGCAUCGAGGAACAGUGCUACUGCAUGCACACAAUUAAAGGAAAACCAUACUUUUCCUGCUUGAAAUAGAUAAUGCUCAUUUGAGAAGAAAGUUGGAAGCAAACCAGAUAAAACCAUGACUGACGCGAUGAUCUGACCCUCCCCCUGCCUGUUCUUUGUGUUCCUCCUCUCAGGAGUGUGCACCACCCCGUUCAGGGAGCUCCCUUCCCUCUGCUCCCCGAAGCCUUAGAACAUCACUGGAGAUUUAGGUUUUAGCUAUGAAAUAAAGGUCGGCCUCUAGGGUUAUUUAUUACUUCUGUCAUGAAUUCACAGAAUGUGUCCCUGCCCAAGGGAUGGAGUGUGAAGACUGCUUUGUGUUUUAUCUUUGAUGAUUGUGCUGGGCUUUUAAUUAUUUUAAUGGUCUCAGUAGGCACCAAUGGAGAGAAAAUUCUGCCAAAACACCAGUGGCAUGGGGUGGUCUGAAAUCCUCACUCGGUCAUAUGUGGCUUCAGAGAGACUCACAGUGUUUGGAAAUGUUAUUUGAAUAUGCUCUUAUUAACCAUGCAUGGAUUGAUUUCCUCUUAUGGGUCUGGUCAGUGACUUGGUUUUGGGUAAAUUUGGAUAGUUUUGAACCUUGAUUUUCAAUAUUACUUUACUUUCUGUUGAAGCUGGAGCUGCCACGAGGAUGAGGAUUUUUGCCCAUCCUGGAGCGAUUGGCUUGGAGCUGCCUCACACCCACUUGGUUUGAACAAAAGGAUGGGAUAGUUCUGUGUUCUGUACCUUCUGUAGGUGUGUGUGUGCUGCCGAAAGCUCAAAGCUCCUCCCUGUACUUGCAAUAAAACAUCACCAUCCCACUGAAAUAUCUCCUGGUAGGUAAUAAUUGGCAGCCCCUGCUCUGGAAGAUGCCUCUUUGUCUGUGAUGUAAGUACUGGUUCACCCAAAGAGGUGUUGAACCUGAAAUCCUGCCUGGCAAAGCUGUGCCUGCCAGGAGUGAUGCUGUGGUGGGCUUGAUCUGUGGCUCCUGCCCCAUCCUGGCAACUCCUGCCUAUUCCAGCCAGGUGGGUCUUGGAGUAACCCCAGCAAAACACUUGCCUAGACCUAUGAUACCACAUUUCAGCGCUUACAGCUGAAAAUCUAGGAAGAGUUCAUGGUCCGGUGGCAUUCUUGUACUGAGUGCAGCCCCAUGGCGACUUCUUUGCUUUUAGUUUUUCCUGCUGCAUUCAGGAGAACAGGUUUUUCAGGCUUCCUGAGGUCUGGGAUGCACACCCUGCUACCAGGAAGAGACCUCUCGGUGAAUGCAUCCAGCAUUUCAGAUCUCUUUUAAAGAGAAAUCCUCCUUGAAGCAGAAAUGUGGUGACUCGGUCUCACCCACCCUUUUCUUCUGGUUUGCUCUCUGCAGCUUGCGCUCCUCUCCUGGAGUUGUCCUCAUCCCCUUGGGACCUACUUCUUCACUUGCUCAUAGAAAUAUAAAGUGUAAGUGAUUCUUUAACCCCCCCUGGAACCCUGACAGUUUUCAGUCCUGCAAGAUGAGGAGGGCCGUGCUGAAGCCAGGGAUUCUCUGCUUUUUGGCAAGGGUCAGAACAGAAACGGUACAUAUCACUGACCAGGAGGAGCAUCACUUCAUGCUCUCAACCUGGUGUAUUUGGUACUGAUGGCACACACAGAAGGCUAGAGCUUUGUGCAAAGCUUGUGUUGCCUGCAGUCAUGUCAUUGAACUCAUCUUCUCUAUUAAUUUGGCACUGAAUGCACUGUUUUACUUUUUUUUAACACAUGAAGUCUCAGCACAGCCCCACAUGGCAAGAAUUAAAAUUAUUUCAUUUUCUGAAUAAUAAUACUUCCAGCUGAAGUGUAUUCAAGUGCUGUAGGAAAAAGCCUGUUGUGCACGAGGUAAGUUGCACUCUCAUGGAGAGGGCAGCUGAGGCACAGGCGCGUCGGCCCGUGUGUUCCCCAAGCGACCGGGUAUAGCCAGGACAAUGUGAACUUGCUCCUGCUUGUCCCACAGGGCUUUCAGACGGGGGGGAGGUUGUGCCAACACGUCAAAGUCCCAUGGUGACUGUCCCAUUAAGUUAUGCCCAAUCUUUGUGUUGUGAACAACAGCUAAAAUGCAGCUUCACAUUUCUUUUGGAGACUUCUCCCUGCCUUGCCCAGUGGUUUGGGUUCUCCAGGCAUUGGGAAAGGGUAGCCUGGACCUUCCUGACCUCCCAACCCAGCUCCCAGGCUCCUUGGUCUUCAAGUUAAAAUGUAAUAGCAAACAGAGCAAAAUGUCUCUUGUAUUGAAAUUGGGAGGAGGGAUAAAGUAUCUCUGCCAAAAAGAGAAAAAAGGGCCUUAUUUAUGAAAUACUCACGUUACUCUUCUCCAGAUCACUUUUCCCCAGGGUUACUGGUUCUGUGCUAUUCUAGCUCGGUUGUUAGAGCAUCACUGACAGAGGGUUUAGACUCAUUUUGUUUAGUUAAGGGUUUCAUGGUGUGGGUAGGGUGGAAGGGAAUGAACACCAGAAUUGUGUCUUUGGGCCAGUCAGGGGUGGUGUUGGGUGCUGUGCAUCUGCAUGGUCCUUCGGGGCUGCUUGGCUUUCCUGAGCCAGAAACAAGGAUCAGGCUUCCAGGCACCAGCAACGAGGCAGAAUGUUCCUACCUCCUGUGAGGGGAGCGCAGGGCAGCAGGAUGCGGUGGGGGACAGAAAGGGACAAACCUGGUGAAUUUGGGUUAUUUUUGUGAAGCUGCAGUGUGAGGUAUUCUCCAGUACUUGGUUCAUGGCUGUUCAAUGGAUGGUGUGUAAGAGCAUAACCCAUUUUUACAGAAUUGUUUCUCCUUUAUUGCUUAAGGCUAAUGGAGGAAAUAGUCUAAUUUUGUCUUAGAAAUUCUCUAUUAAAAUUGUUGAUUUGAGUCCAUCCGCUCAUAGAUUCUGACUGAUGAAACUGCAGGCUGUGAUUUCCGGCUGUUAUAACUUUAUCACUAUUCACUACCCACGAAUAUUACAGCUUUAAAACAGCCUUAAGCAAAAGGAUGUUAUUUCUUUGUACUGAAUUUGGUUCAUGGAAAAGAAGAAAACACCUCAAAACACUGGUAAUCCGUACUGCAUUGCAAACUCUUCUGAAAAUGUUAUUGCACAUGUAAAAUAUGAAAACUUGACUCUGCUGUGUGUUAGGCAAUCCUGUAAUCCUUUUCUUUUUCUUUUUUGUUUUUUUUUUUUUUUUCUUUUUUUGAUUCUUGUUAAAUUCAUUUCCUAAAUGCUUGGUUGGAAGACUGUGACAAUAGCUCAUGAAACUGAGUGGUAUUUUUCUUUCUUUUUUUUUUUAAAUAUGUAAAGUGCAGUCUUCUGUAUUCAUGCAUAUUGUACAUAUCUGUAUAUGUUUUACUGAGCAACUAAAUAACAAUAAAUAUGAUGUUAAUGGUG